UAUAAAAGUCGGAUAAGCCUUCACAAAAGUCCUUAGACCCUGGAAACAUUUCCAUUUUCUCUCAUUUUCUAUCAUUUCUCUUGGAUAAUUUUUCUUUGCAUUUCACUUGAAUUUUUCUGUAUAGAAAAGGGACUGUUCUGUUUGGUCUGCAGCAAAACCAAAAUAAUUACAAAUUUGAUCAGGGAAGUUUGAUAAUUGAUACAAAGAUGACUGUGAAGAAGGUUACAUGGAAAUCUCUCAUGUUAAGCUGUUACAAGAGCAAGAACUCAUCGUCUGAUUCAAGCGAGAAGAUUGUGAAGCCAUGUCAAUUUCAGAGACUAUCGAUGUCGGAUAUAAGCGAUCCCAGCACAACACUCUCCGUUGAUGAUCUCUCAACCUCUCUCGUUGGCUCAAAUCUUCACGUUUUUACCUUGGAGGAGCUAAGACUGAUAACCCAUAAUUUUGCACGGUGUAAUCUGCUUGGUGAAGGAGGGUUCGGACCAGUUUACAAAGGUUUUAUUGAUGACAAGCUUAGGCCUGGAUUGAAGGCUCAGCCUGUGGCUGUCAAGGCACUGGACUUGGAUGGCUUGCAAGGUCACAGGGAGUGGCUGGCGGAAAUAAUCUUUCUUGGACAACUGAGGCAUCCUCAUCUGGUUAAGUUGAUUGGAUAUUGUUACGAAGAAGAGAACAGACUCCUAGUGUACGAAUACUUGCCAAGAGGCAGCUUAGAAAAUCAACUCUUUAGAAGGUAUUCUGCUACCUUACCAUGGUCAACCAGGAUGAAAAUUGCAUUAGGAGCGGCAAAGGGCCUCGCCUUCCUACAUGAAGCAGAUAAACCAGUGAUAUACCGGGACUUCAAAUCUUCAAACAUCUUAUUAGACUCUGAUUACAAUUGUAAACUAUCAGAUUUUGGGUUUGCAAAGGAUGGUCCAGAAGGAGAACAGACGCAUGUAACAACCCGAGUAAUAGGCACACAAGGAUAUGCUGCUCCAGAGUAUAUCAUGACUGGUCACUUGACAGCAAUGAGUGAUGUGUAUAGCUUUGGAGUAGUUCUCUUAGAGCUAUUAACAGGAAAGCGAUCAAUGGACAACACCCGCCCCAGUCGAGAGCAGAGCCUUGUAGAAUGGGUAAGGCCACUGUUAAGGGACCCUAAAAAGCUUGACCGGCUAAUAGACCCUAGACUCGAGGGACAAUUUUCCAACAAGGGGGCUCAAAAAGUAGCUGCACUGGCUUACAAAUGCUUGAGCCACCACCCAAAGCCAAGGCCCACAAUGGGCGAUGUGGUCAAGAUCCUGGAGUCUGUACAGGGGUUUGAGGAUGAAUUUAUUGAACCAUUUGUUUAUGUGGUGCCAAAUGAAACUGACGAUAGCAAUGAAUUUUUUUCAAAGAAAGAAAUUAAAAGAAGUGAGGAAGAGAAGGAUAGCAAUGGAGAAAAUGGACACAAUCCACUUCGUCGUAGCUGGAGAAAUCGGAUCAAAUUGCCUCUUUCUUUGGUAGCCAAUGCCGAAUCUCCAUGUAGCAUCAGUAUUUGAGAAUUUCAUAUGGAGGAACAGGAUACUACACUACAUGGUUGAAUUCAUCUAUUUAAGCUGUAAAUACUGUCAAGGCAGUUCCAGGAACAGCGAAAGGAGCAACAGAAGUAGAAAUAUUUAGUGGAAACAGCUUGGAUUGGAGUAUUAAAAAAAUCACAUCAUUACAGCAUAAACACAUUUAGUUCUAGAAUUCAAAAAUGUUUGUUUUAAAGUAGAAAAUAAUAUUUGAAGGGCACUAGAAGAACUGAAGUGUUCAUGAGUUGUUCUGUUAGCUUGGUAAUAGACGAAAACAAAAGAUCUUUGACUCAAUUUCGCAGGCAAGAUAUUAUUCGGUGUUUUGAAUGAAAUAUAGAUAUUAUUGCUACAAUUUGCAGUCCUUUAUUGUCAACAGGGGUGAAUUUUUUUCAAGCAAUACUUUGAACUGCAUACAUUUCCAUCCUGUUUUGUAUUGAAAGAAGAAUAGACAUAAACCUAACACGUAAACUUCAUUUUAAUUGCUCCUAACUUGAGAAUAGACAAAAACCUAACCUAGAUUUUAAUAAUAGCAGAUAAAUUUCAACAGCCUCACAGUAAACAAAAUCGCAGUGGCUUGAUUACAUCAAUGCAAGAAAAAUGAUUGGAAUUUUCAACAACCACUCACAGGCUGGCCCUCCAAACUCAUUAUAUACUUCAAAAUUUUCCUAGACUCGUUUUAUAUUGGUUACCAGUUUCUUGUAGAAGUUGGACAUUUCGUGUGACUUAUGGGAACUAAUCAUUUAUUUUCUAGGUUGUAAGUUAGUUUGUCUUAAUCUUAGCAAACUACAUCAUUAUCACUGUUAAU